AUGCCUUCAACACUAUACUCACUCCUAGUGCUAGCUCUGGCACUCUCACAAGCGGUAUCCCAAUCCAUCUACAUCGAUCGCGUCCGUGAAUAUGGCUCACUCCCCUGCUGCGCACAAAUCCCCGUCAGCUACGUCGUGCGAAACAUGCGUAACGGCUGCGGUGACAACAACGCUCUAACCUCCUACAAUUGUUUCUGCACGAGCAGCUCCAGCUUCUUCCGGAGUCUGAUCUCGACCGAGGUGGUAACGGGAUGUCCGGGCAAUGACACAGCUGCAGAGCAGGCCGUGAACGUUUUCAGUCGGUAUUGCGCAGUUGGGGCAACGGGCUCGCAGACGCCGCUAGGUGUGAGUGCAGUUCGGACGACUUGUCGGGCUUCAACGUCGAGUGUAGCUACGCCAGCAGCAUCACCUGCGAGUACGCAAGCUAGGUUGACGUCGACUUUGGCAGCAUCGCCGACGACGUCAUUGCCACCGCCCGCAAACUCGAGUGAAGGGUUAGGGAGUGUGAAAGUUGUCGAUGUGUUUUUAAUGGUUAUGUUUUUGGUUUUGGCCGUUGCUUGCGUGUAUUGA